AUGUUUGCUGGGCUUUGGUUCGGUGUCUCCAAGCCACAUUUCCAAACAUUUAUGCAGCCAUUCGCAAACUCACUAAAUGAUUUAUUCUUCAAAGGUAAGGUUUAUGUUUUUAAAAUCAGUCCCCAUUUUUUGUAUUACCUUAAAGCAUGCAUUUAUCUGCUACAUUCUAAUGUACAUAUAUGCACACUGUAGUCACAGCUACUCUCUAGUAUACUAUUAGUUCAGAAUGUUCAUAAUAAAUACAUUGUACAACUGUUGCUGUUUGACAUAAUUAUUACUCCCCGAACUAUAUAUAAUUUACAAAGGGGACAAAGGAAAUUGAGUCACUAUAGAGUGACUCACCGGACAACUUCCCUAAAACUUUGCUUUAUAUUUUCUGUAAAGGUGACCUGUAUAUAGUGGUCACCUGUUAGUGUGCGUAACGGAUGCAGUCACCCUUUAGACUUAGAUGCUAUUCAUUAACUUCCAGUAGAGUUUAAAGAGAACCUGUAUAUAACGGCCACUUGGCCAUUUCCCAAGGGUGACCGUUAUACACAGGUUUAACUUACAACUCUGACUAAAGGAGAUUUGGCAUAAUACAUGUAGAUACAAAUGUGUGCUUUAAAUUAUUGAAAAUUAUUUUCAAUCAUUAUUUAGCAGCUACAUGUAUGUAUGAAUUUCAAAAUGCUUUGAUGUGUUAUCUGUUAUCAAUUAACUUUGAAGUCUAUAGAAAUUCUGCUGCCCUCAUUUCUACCCUAUGGGUCAACAUCUGAAUAGUCAGGAUUUUUUUGCUCCUUUUUUAUAGGGAUUGAUGUAAAGCUGAAUGGCAAGAACAUGUUGCUUCGCUGUAUUUUACUCUUAGGGACAUUUGAUGCCCCAGCAAAGUGCCUUUUCCAAGAGUUUUGUCAAUUCAAUGCCUUUUAUGGUUGCCCAUACUGCCUGAGCCCUGGCAAAACUGUGCAGACAAGUAGCAAAGGGCACACUCAUGCUUACCCAUUUGAUGAAGCAAAUCUCAGAACUGGUCAUGGGGAACCAAGAACACAUGAACAGACAUUAAAGUUUGCAGCUGAAGCUACCAAGGAAAGUGCUCAAAAGGGCAUCCCAAGUAGUGUUAAAGGGGUUAAAGGCUAUUCAUGGUUUAUGUUUAUUCCAAAGUUUGACAUCAUUAGAGGAAUAGCCAUUGACUAUAUGCACAGUACAUUACUUGGCGUGGUUAAGAUGUUGCUUACCCUUUGGAGUGACAAGACAUAUAAAGCAGAGCCAUGGUCUGUCUGUAAAAGAAUGAAAGAAAUUGAAGAGAGGUACCUAAAGAUUAGUCCUCCUUCUUGCAUCACGCGCCUUCCCAGAAGCCUGAUAGCAAACUUUGGGCAUCUCAAAGCAUCUGAGUUAAGGACUUUCCUGUUGUUCUACUCUGUUCCAUGUCUGUAUGGUAUUCUUCCAGAAGAGUACUUUCAGCACUACCUUCACCUUGUGGAAGCCAUUUACCUUCUUCUCCAGGAUUCUAUCUCUCCGAAUGACAUUGUAAAGGCCUCUGCUUUAAUAAAGCAUUUCUGUAUCAGGAUAAAGGAACUUUAUGCAGCCCGCUAUGAAACUUUUAAUGUGCACUGUUUACUUCACAUGACAGAAAGAGUGAGAGAUCUUGGUCCACUGUGGACUCACUCUUGUUUUUGCUUUGAAGACUUCAAUGGGGAAUUAAGAAGCUUAUUUCAUGGUACACAAAGUGUGGAAGAACAGAUUGUGACAGCUGUCAGUGUGCAACAGAGAAUACCUGAGUUGGUUCCUCUCCUCGAAAGUGGAUCUAUGGCUCAAGAACUUUAUGAACACCUUUCAAGAAAGCGUCCCCUUGCUUCCAAAAAGGAAAAACUUCCAGGCAACAGCAACUGCAGCAUCGUGGGCAACUUACAAAAUUAUGUCUUUACUGCUGUUGAGCGAGCUGUAGUCGAAUCCCUAAUUGGGCCAGUUCAAGAAGUGUAUCAGUUUUUCAGAUUACUCAUUGGAGAGCAACUGAUUCACUCCAAGUUAUACAAAAGCAUGACAAGGAGAAACAACUUUACAAUAGAAUUUAAAGGCAACAGUGGGGAUUCACCACCUUCAUUUGGACAGAUUUUGUUCUAUUCCAAAAUAUAUUUACAUUGCCCCAACCCUUCAUUUUGUGCUAACUCAUGUAAAUGUAGGAAGCCACUGUUUUAUGCAUUGGUCAAAGUUCUGAAACCUAACAAGACUUUAGCAAUUGCUAAUGAUCCCUACACUGGUACUGCUGUUUCUCACCUGGUUCCAGUCAUCAGGAGUGACAAUAAUUGUAUCACUGCAAUUCCAGUGGACAACAUUAUUCGAUUAUGCUUUUUUGUUGACUGUGGUAAUGACAAUACUCCCUUUGUGGGAAUGUUUCCUAAUCAGUACGAAAAAGACUAA